CGCAAAGAAUGUGCUUGUUGGUUUGACGUAUUGUCUAAUGAAAACAAUCCAAAAUAUUGAUACACCUAUUUAUAUAGUUCUCUCCAAACCAGUCAUUAGGUUCCUGGAGUUAUAAGUUUUAUUUAUACAUAGUGUUUAGUUAAUAUGUCUUUCUUAGCGCUUGACAAAUGGGCACGAUUGUUCCGAAUGAUACGGCAGUCUGGGGGGAUCUUUAAGGCCACGUAUAAAUUGUGGAGAUUUGACACACUGAAAGAAGGCAAAUACGUCGGUUGUGACUGCAAUGGUAACAAAUAUUACACGAACUGUAACUACCCGAUUGGACGAAGCCGCUGGGUUGAGUUCAACGAUAAUUACAAAUGGGAUUAUGACGCGUCACAAAUAACGGCCGAGUGGUAUGGUUGGUUGCACUAUAAAACAGACAAACUGCCUUGUGAAGAUUGUGCCAAGUACGAAUUGAAUUGCUAUAGUACGGCCCAUGUCUGGCUGCAACCAUUCGCUGAGAAUUUGACCGCGACUGAAGAAGCAUAUUAUCCUUACAGUACAACCAGGCAUCAUAUCAACGUGUGGGAUGGAUGUUCCUUAUGCAAUCGUGGGAAAUAAAGCUCAUUUUGUCUUUUAUAAUUACCUAGUUUCGUUUUAUAUCGGAAAUUAAUUAUAUUGUAACCGUUUUAGUGAAAUGAGUUUUUAUAUAGAGGUCAUUAAUUUUAUAUUUCUUUCCGUAAUUAAAAUCAUGGCAUGGAUUAUUUAAA